AUCAACAUUAUGAAAUGGAGCUUGAACCGAUAUAUAUUAAAGAAUUUUGCAAGUAUUUAGAUCCGCAAGUAAUAGCAGUUUCGAAUAAUAAACUUAUUGCAGUACAAUCAGCUAAGGACGAAUAUUCAAUUUAUAAAGUUAUCG